AAAAAAACGUAGAAGAAAAAGCCGUGCCUGCCGUCCAUGGAAGCGAGAAAUGGACGUUUGUUUGUAUUUGUCGGAGUGACGGGUGACAGUGGACCUGUCGGGACUGUCGAGCCACUCGGCUGGUUGCCCGGUGCACCGCCACACAUGAUCAGCCACAGCCUGAUUCGUUUCUUUGUUGUUGUUCCAAGAAUAUCCAGCACUCACAUGCAAAAGCUUUUCAGCCGACCUCUCUUGUACAAGUACGAGUCCCCACCCUACGCGUACGCGUACGCACUCCCCCCCGCCACACCCAACAGCCAGCCAACUGGUUGCGCACCGACGUCAUCACCUUCACUACCUUCAGCCUCAACCACCACAGCCCCAGCGGCAAAACGCCCCUCAUUGGCUCGCUAUUCUAAACACCUGUUCGCUCUUCCCUGCACCCUCAGGCGUUUUUCUGGGGACUCCGGAACGGGCGGAGGCUCCACUUCGGCCGGUCGACCAGUUGCCUCGUCUCUAAAGGUGGAGGGCAUGACGCAGCGACGUGGCAGUGUCGUAGUGUGUCACUGUGAAUAGAAAUGCCCUCCCAAGCCUGGCCCGAGACGCUGCCUAUAUAGAGCCCUAGCAAGAGUCCCA